UCAGCCAGGCUCCGCCCACUCCGCGGCUGGUUCUUCGCCACCUGGCCCUGAAGCUGGACCUGCAGAUAUGGGCUCCACCUGGAGGAACCCUGGGUGGGUGCGGCUUGCACUCUGCGUCUCAGGCCUGAUGCUCUCUCUCUAUGCUCUGCACGUGAAGGCGGCGCACGCUCGCGACCGGGACUAUCGCGCGCUCUGCGACGUGGGCACUGCCAUCAGCUGUUCUCGCGUCUUCUCCUCCAGGUGGGGCCGAGGCUUUGGGCUGGUGGAGCCUGUGCUGGGAGCUGACAGCGUCCUCAAUCAAUCUAACAGCAUAUUUGGUUGCAUUUUCUAUUCACUACAGCUGUUGUUAGGCUGUCUGAGGGGACGCUGGGCUUCUAUCCUGCUGGUGCUGAGUUCCCUAAUGUCCCUUGCUGGUUCUGUCUACUUAGCCUGGAUCCUGUUCUUCGUGCUGUAUGAUUUUUGCAUUGUUUGCAUCACCACCUAUGCUGUCAAUGUGGGCCUGAUGUGGCUUAGCUUCCGAGAGGUCCAAGAACCCCAGGGCAAGACCAAGCAACACUGAGGCCUCACCUCAAACUAGGAUGACCUCACCUGCUUUGCUUUGGCCUAAGCCUUGCCCAGUUAAGCCAUAUCUGAGUCCCUUGAAGGCCUUGCAUUCUUCCCCACCCCAUCCAUAAUCACAUAGGAGAGUGGACCAAAUGUGCCUCUAGCUCUUUCUCCAAGGGCUGGUUUCUGCUACUCCCCUGAAAGGGAAGGUUCUAAGCAAUAAAAUUUCCUAAAUAA